AUGGGAAACUUGUUUCGACUUGAACACUUGGAUAUGAGCUUUAAUUUUCUCAGAGGAGGGAUUCCAACAAGUUUGUCUAACUGCUCCAGAUUGUUGGACCUUGUGUUUUCUUCAAAUCCUCUUGGAGGAGGUGUUCCUUCAGAUCUAGGGUUAUUGACAAAGCUUGUUACUUUAUACCUUGAUAGAACCAAACUGAAAGGAAAGCUCCCUCCAUCUCUAGGAAACUUAACAUCCCUUAGAGAACUUGGCUUAGACAAAAACAAUUUAAAAGGAGAAAUUCCUGAAGAUAUAGCUAGGUUGACUCAAUUGGUCUAUCUAGAGUUAACAAUGAACAAUUUAUCUGGUGUUUUUACUCCUGCUAUCUACAACUUGUCCUCACUUGAGUAUUUAUCCAUGUAUGGUAAUGGUUUUUGGGGUAAUCUAAGGCCUGAUAUUGGUUAUUUGUUACCAAAUCUUCAAGAUUUAUCUGUGGGACAGAAUUAUUUAACUGGAGCCAUUCCAACAACACUUACCAAUAUCUCUAGUCUCCAAAAGCUGGGAAUAGAAUACAACAAUCUGAAAGGAAGUAUUCCUUCUAGCUUUGGAAAGGUAAGGAAUUUGCAACUCUUGACACUUCUUGGUAAUUCUCUGGGCAAUCACUCUGUUAAAGAUCUUGAAUUUCUUGAUGCAUUGACUAAUUGCACCCAACUACAAGAGUUAGAUGUUGGUUAUAAUAGGCUUGGCGGUUUCUUGCCUGCUUCAAUUGCCAAUAUGUCCACCAACCUUAUCUAUUUAAGUAAGCCAUCAAGAAAAUCUCAUCUCAGGAAGCAUUCCUCAUGA